GGAGCCCUAGUUCCACCUCCUCCUAGCAGCCUUGUAACCUUAGGCAAGUCGCUGAAUGAUGCCUGGGCUGCCCUGAGUUUUAAAUGAGAUAAUGAACACCAAACCCCAGAGGUGUUGGCGGGAAUACUGGAGGAAUUCACAAACAGGAGUUUUAUCUUUUUAAUCCUCGGCGAAUCCAGAGGCUGUCCUUUGGCCAGAAAGAAGGAGCUUUUCAUCUGCAAUGCCCACAGACCCAGAACUGCUAAAAUGCUAACCUCCCUGCUUCGUUCCAGGCGAGGGGCACUACCAGACACUGGAGCAGUGACUUGGCCUCCCAGCUCAGGCGCAGCAGCCUGGCCCACGACCUUGGAAGAACCUGGGAGAAAGCUUCACCAGGCGACAGUACUUUUCCACUGCACUGCUCAGGCCACCUCAGCUGGCUUUCUGCUGUGCAGACAGGAGGCAAAGUGCGCCAGGCCGGCCUCAUCAGGAACCCACCCAAAAUCACUCUCAGAAAUAGGGGGUAGGGACAUGCUGUGCUGAGUGGCAGGGGGAAUCCUAGAAAGAGAGGAGGGGGGUCCUGAAUGCGCCAGGGAGAGCUUGGAGACCACCAGAGAGGCCAGAGAAAUGUGCAUUGGCAAAGCCCUCCCGGACAUUUCAGGAGAUUCCUACUCUUUAUCCGCCCCUUCCACCCCCACCCCUCCAAUAAUAAUGAUUAAACCCGUUCUACCGCGCCUGUGCUGGGUCUGGGGCCAGGAGCAGCGCUAGCCUGAGCGGGGGAGGAGAGAGAGGAGGGAGAGGGGAGGGAACCAGAGAGCUAGCGGUCCCGCCCGGUGAUGCAGGCAGCCCUGGGAGGUGGAGCCGCGACGCCUGAAGGAGUCCCCACCGCAGUCGCGCUCUCGUUCUACCCCCACGGAGCUGCCAGCCGCCAGGCCCGUCUCCGGCGACCUCCCUGCCCCCUCAAGCAGGAUCCCCCUCGUUGGGACCUGGGGGCGCCCCCACCACGCCCAGCCCUUGUCCCUCCUUGCUACCCGGACUGCUGGAGCGACUCCCGGGAGAAGCUGUUCCCGGACGCUCGGCCGCCGCCCGGGCAUCUCGGCUGCCAGCCCGGCUGGGCACCGGGCAUCUGCGAAGCUAGCCCUGCCCGGCACUGGGUAUCUCCCGGCACCGACUGUCUCCGGCGCCGCCCAGCUUCUCACGACUCGGGGGCCUCGGACUUCUGUGCGUCCUCCCCUCCCCCAGCCGCCGGGUAGAACGCCGCUGAGUCCCCGACGCCCCCAGCCCCCUUUGCCGCCGCUGCGAUGCUGCCCUGGAGACGUAAUAAAUUCGUGCUGGUCGAGGACGAGGCCAAGUGCAAGGCUAAGAGCCUGAGUCCGGGGCUCGCCUACACGUCGCUGCUCUCCAGCUUCCUGCGGUCCUGCCCGGACCUGCUGCCGGACUGGCCGCUGGAGCGGCUGGGCCGAGUGUUUCGCAGCCGGCGCCAAAAAGUGGAGCUCAACAAAGAGGACCCGACCUACACCGUGUGGUACCUGGGCAACGCCGUCACCCUUCACGCCAAGGGCGACGGCUGCACCGACGACGCCGUGGGCAAGAUCUGGGCGCGCUGCGGGCCGGGCGGAGGCACCAAGAUGAAGCUGACGCUGGGGCCGCACGGCAUCCGAAUGCAGCCGUGCGAGCGCGGCGCAGCGGGGGGAUCUGGGGGCCGCAGGCCGGCGCACGCCUACCUGCUGCCGCGCAUCACCUACUGCACGGCGGACGGGCGCCACCCGCGCGUGUUCGCCUGGGUCUAUCGCCACCAGGCGCGUCAUAAGGCCGUGGUGUUGCGCUGCCACGCUGUGCUGCUGGCGCGGGCGCACAAGGCGCGCUCCCUGGCCCGCCUGCUCCGCCAGACCGCGCUGGCGGCCUUCAGCGACUUCAAGCGCCUGCAGCGCCAGAGCGACGCGCGCCACGUGCGCCAGCAGCAUCUCCGCGCCGGGGGCGCCGCGGCCUCGGUGCCCCGCGCCCCGCUGCGCCGGCUACUCAACGCCAAGUGCGCCUAUCGGCCGCCGCCCGCCGAGCGCGGCCGUGGGGCGCCGCGCCUCAGCAGCAUCCAGGAGGAGGAUGAGGAGGAGGACCAGGACACGGAAGAGCGCCCGGAAGGGGCCCCCCAGAGCGAGCGGCCUGAGGUGCUCAGCCUGACCCGGGAGCUGAGGACGUGCAGCCUGCGGGGCGCCCCGGCGCCUCCGCCGCCUGUGCAGCCCCGCCGCUGGAAGGCCGGCCCGAAAGAGCGCGCGGGCCAGGCGCGCUGAGAGCGGACCGGGCGAGACUCGCUGCCCCAGACCCGGCCGGCCUGACUCACAGCCUUCAACCCUGGCCCUUGCCCGCUUGGCUCCCCUGUCCUCCGCCCCUGUCCUGUCGCCCUUGCCUCCUUCCUGGUCUCCGUUGUUGUCUGCUCUGCGCCUCAUUCUGGCUCAGAGUGAUGCCUCAUAUGCCCUUAAUUAUUGGGGGACAAGAUAGGGGAGCAGUAUUCAGUGUUCACCUCUCCCCCAUCCGGAGUUCCUGGGCACCCUCCAUUGUGGAAUUGCCCCCUAUGCUUUACACCAAGCCUCUUUGAUAGACGACCCCCUCCCUUCCAAGCCAUCUUCUCAAGAGGAAGGGGGAGAAGUUUCCAGAAAUCCAGGAGGGUGGCCAGGUGGCAGCAGGGGCCCCGCCCUUGGGCAGCCUAGCCUUCCUCCCUGAGAUGAGACCAAACCUGAGGAGGCGUUCUUGUAGGGGAAGAGUAGUGGCCCUGGAGGCCAGGCCCAGGUGGGAACAGAACCUGCUGCCAUACACACAAGGAAGAAUUCUCAGGCCCUGGGCCUGGCCUCUCUACCCCUUGGAGAAUUUCUGGGACUUCACUGCUCUGCCUCUGAGAACACUGGGAUGGUCCUACCAACCCAAACAACAGAUUAGGCCGAGUAACGGCUCUCUACACCAGGCAGCUCCCCAAGCCUGUGCCCUGGCACCUGGCACUCCCACAGAACUCCUCACCCACCCCAUUUUCUCUGCAGACAGAUGUGUGUGGUUCCCCACUAGGUGCGCCACAACCAGGAAGGAGACAGGACCUCCACAGGAGGUAAGGAGAGCCUUUGGCAGGUGCUUGGAGACACCAACUACCCAGAAAGUGGACAUAGGAGGGAUGGCCCCAUGUCGAAAAGCUUGUCAGAGCAGGAGGGUCCUGACAGCAUCUGGAUUCUCAAAGCAGGGUGAGGGAGUGGGCCCCUGCCCAAGUGUCUCUCAACAAGGCCACAAAAAGCCCAAAGAUCUAUGUGUCACCAACUGAUCAUUGUAAAUAAAGUGGACCUGCUUUUUAGCCUUGUCAUCA